GUUAUACCCUGCUUUGCUUGUUUUCUGUAGUUAGUUACCUACUCCUUUUAGUCUUUAUCGAUUGCCGUUUUUUUCUGCGUUGUUUAUCUAUCACUAUCACUAUCACUAUUACUUUACUACUUUUCUACUGCAAUCAUGAUAUGAUGUUCUUUCUAUUACCUAUUUUUACUUUCCUCUACCUGGAUCCUUGUAAUCGACUCGAUCAGUUUAUCAGGGCUGAUGACUCUUGUCUUUCGAUAUCGGAGUUGCUAUUUAUAGUAAGAGAUACUGUAGAUAGAGUGAUAACAGAUAAGAUAACCAACUUAUUUGUUGCAACUGUGUAUACUAUGAUUUAUUCCUACCUCUUCCUGUUUAUUAGUUCUUUCCUUGAAAUUUGUACGGACAUGGUUACUGUCAAUCUUUCUCUGGAACCUUGUAGAGAAGGAAAGGGGACUCAUAAAGUAUGUAACAGGUUUGCUCUUUUGCGUAUAGUACAGCGUUUCAAAGUAUACUACUAGUAUAUAUAACAUUCGCUACUGCUAAGGCAUGAUGAUGAUGAUGAUAAUGACAUGAAUACCGAAAUGGAGUUGAAUUGGUAGAAUGCUAAACUCAAUAUCAAGAUCAGCGCUUUUGGUGGAUCAAAUCUGAUUAUGACGAAGACGGAC